GGCCCGCACCGGAGCCAGCCUGCACACUGCCGGACAAUCUGCAAGCUCUCUCUCUCUCUCUCUCUCUCUCUCAUCCAUGCCGUGGGCCACGGGAAAUGAAUUUCACAAACAAAAGAGAUUUGGUUGCGUAGAUUAUUGUAUGUUUUGGAGGUGUAGGAUAAUAGGAUUGUAGGAGCGGGCGCGUGCCUGGAGAGAUUGAGGCAUGGAGGAUUCUUCAUAAGACUACGUAAAUGAGAGAGCAAAGGAGAGAGAGGGAUUGGGGGUGACGGAGAUUGACAAGACAAGAUCCCAUUGCUCCAGAUAGGACAGUUGCAGUCUAACAAAGUGCAAGACAUGUGCUUCUUCGGAGCACUGGUCAAGCAAGCAAAGAAGCAAGUCUGGCUGCUGACGACGGGUAGUGUGUAGUGUGUAGUGUAGUGUAGUGUAUAGGUCAACAAUGGAGAGCAAGAAGGGCAAGAAGGGCAAGAAGGGCAAGAAGGGCCGGCUACUGCAGGGAAAGAAGGAAGGAGCAGGCACGAGGAGAGAGAGAGAGAAGGGCCGCCCGCCAAAAGCAAACGCCGCCGCCGCCGCCGCCAUCGCCAUGCACGACGCCCUCGACGCCCCCAAAGAAGCCCUCCCGUCAAGAAACGCCCACACACUAAUUAUUACCAUCUCUAAGCUGCCUUGA